UAUUGGCUUUGUAACAACGGUCGUGGUCGGUUUUGGAUCCUACCUGGAUCAUGUGACCGUGCUAAGCAAAUCUCUGAUAACUAUUCCCGAGAUGUGGCGGUGAUCCCCUCUCCUCGCGGUCAUGAUGGUUACAUAGGCAAGUACGAUGCCCCUGAUGGAACUGUUGUUGAUAUUGGCGUCAUCUCUACCGGUAUGGGCGCUCCGAGUGUUGAUAUCAUCGCUACAGAGAUGAUCAAGUUGGGUGCAAAGGCCCUCGUUAGAGUGGGUACCGCUGGUGCUAUGCAGAAGACCCUUGGCAUCGGUGAUAUCGUUAUUGCGACUGGUGCUGUUCGUGACGAGGGUGCCCCUCGGCACUACAUGCCUCCCGAAUUUCCUGCUCUCGGUUCGGCGGCUGUUGUUACUGCCAUGUGUAGUGCCGCCCAACUGCAGCUAGAAGACGAGGAUGAAAAUAUCCAGGGCGGUGCUCAAUGGAUCUACGAUGCUGGUCCGGUCCACACCAAAGAUUCGCCCAUGGCCAGAGAGUUCAAUUCUGGCCCCUAU